AGCUCAUCGACGCUCACAACAAACUCGACAUCGCGACUGUCUUCAACGCGUACGGAAACGAUGAGUUUAGCAUUCCUCCACGCGCAUGAUUGUUCAGAACCUCACACAGACUCCGUCUGGGGAGUCGCGUGGACAGCAACGGACUCUGUCAUAUCUAUCUCAGCGGACGGAUCUCUGAAACAAUGGGAUUCAACUAGUGGUCAAGCUUUGCAUACUUUACCACCGCAUACACUCGGCCUUGUUUCCCUUGACGUGGACCCAGCUGGAAAACAAGCACUGUACAACAGUCUCGAAGGACUUACAUGUCUUUUGGACGUUGACAGCGGCCGCGUGGUCGGACGUUACGAGAGCUAUGCACGCAGUGGGAACGAUGCUGCAGAACCUGCUUGGUCGGUAUCUCUGAACCCCAAAGGCGGCACUUACGCCGCUACUGGCGGCUCAGGAAGUGUCAGCAUACACUCCGCAGAGUCCGCAACAUUCGGAGAACGCCGUGCAACACUCACAAGUGGUAGAAGUAAAUUUGGCAUGUAUUGCAAACAUAGUCCUGAUGGUACCCGUGUCGCCAUGUCAUCAGAGGCCGGACAAAUAUAUAUCUUUGACCUUGAGUCAGAAAAAUUACUCUCCACGUACACUUCCCAUGCAAUGACCAUACGGUCCUUAGCUUGGUCGCCUGAUGCUCAGCUCCUCAUAUCCGCCUCGGAAGAUAAACGUCUUACACUCCACGACGUUCGAUAUUCACCUUCUGGGAAACCUGGCUCAGGCGCCGUAGCUACUUUUACGGGUCACUCUUCGUGGGUGCUCAGUACAGACAUAUCUCCGGACAGCCGACUGGCACUUUCCGGCUCUUCCGACAAGACUAUCAAGGUUUGGGACAUCGGCGCCCGUGCUGCUGUCUCCACAAUCCAAGAUACUGGAGAGGUCUGGAGCGUGUCGUGGCGGCCAAGACCCCCUCAACACGGCUCUCCCGGUGCCUUCGUAAGUGGCGGAGAAGAUGGCGUUGUUAGAUGGUGGCGUGGCGCAGGUGCUGGCUGAGAGACCCCAUCUUUAGCUGAAGACAGAUGUUCAUUUGUAGUGCUCGAACGCCCCGAUGUGCCGCCGUGUAAUGAAAUGUCAACGCGCUCAACACAGCGAUUUACGCAUCCUUUCGCGCGGUCCCGUCUC